AUGCCUCAUUUCGAAGCUCACUACAAUGUCAAAAUUCUUCCAAAAGAAUCUACCAGAGACAAGGUACUGGAAUAUCAAGAUGGUGUAUCGCCUUUGAGCAGAAGUAGAGCUGUUAGUCCCCAGACCUCGGAACUUCUUCAUGUUUCAGGCGACGACAAUGUACAUGACUUGAUCCAGAGCUACAUCUCCGAAACAAAGAAAUUAAUCUAUGAAUUUACAAGAUUCGAAAAUGGUAUUAAAGAGGGCUCAUACCCUCGUAGCCUUCCUGAGGAUAGCAUCGAUCAGCUUGCAAAUGUUCAUCAGAAUGCGUCUAAAACAUUACUCAAUAUCAGGAAGUCUUACCGAAAGGCAAAUCCUGCAAUAAGCAAGCAAAACUUUAUAUCACAUUGCCGAAGAGAAGAAAAGGUCGCAAAACCAACCAAGUCGAGAGCUCAAUCUACUCGCAAGGCAGACCACAGCAUCGUAGCUUUCACUAUCAAAGCGAACAAACCACAAACAUCAAUGAUUGACGAGCUCAGCCCAAAUCAAGACUAUUUAAACAGAGACCUUUGUUUGAAAACGAACACUAUGUGUACUCAAUGUGGCUCAACUCAAACACCUGAAUGGCGUAGUGGUCCCUCAGGAAGCAGGACCUUGUGCAAUGCAUGUGGCCUUUUCUAUUCAAAGCUUGUGAAAAAAUUGGGAGUAGCUAGUGCUUGCGAUUGUCUCAAGAAGAGAAAACGGACUGUUAACAUUGACACUUCUUGA